AUGGCACAGAGUACCAGUGAAGCCUUGAAGAAUAUCAAGAAUAAGCACAGAAGACAGAAGAUCUUUGGCGAGAUCAAACAUGAGAAGAACAAACAGCGUCACAAGUUGAGAGCUGAAAGAGCCAAAGAGGAGAGAUUGAAUCCAGAAUUAAAGGAAGAAAGAAUCAAGAAUAAUGUCCCAGAAACCAUAGACAGUAAACGUGUAUUUGACGAAACCAUAGCUGCUGAGGUUGAAGGUGAAGACGAGUUCCAGCAGUACUUCAACUCUGGAAUAGAGCCUAAGAUUUUGCUCACUACUAGUGAAGAAGCCAAGAAGCCAGCAUACGAGUUCGCUGAUAUGGUUAUGGAUUUCUUGCCCAACGUCACCUUUAUCAAAAGAAAGAAGGAGUAUUCGAUGAAGGAAAUUGCCAAGCAUGCUGCCAGCAGAGAAUACACGGACUUGCUCGUUAUCAACGAAGACAAGAAGAAGGUAACGGGGAUCACCAUGAUUCAUUUACCUGAGGGUCCUACAUUCUAUUUUUCCAUAACUUCCAUUGUAGAAGGAAAACAGAUCAAGGGUCACGGUAGGGCAUCUGAGCAUAUACCUGAGUUGGUGUUGAACAACUUCAACACCAGAAUGGGUAAGACUGUCGGCAGAAUGUUCCAGACAAUGUUCCCCCACAGUCCAGAAAUCGUAGCCAGACAGGUGGUGACUUUGCAUAACCAAAGAGAUUAUAUUUUCUUCAGACGACACAGAUACAUUUUCCGUAAUGAAGAGAAGGUAGGGCUACAAGAGUUGGGGCCACAGUUCACACUCAAGUUGAGAAGAAUGCAGAAGGGGAUCCGUGGAGAGACCGUCUGGGAACAUAGACCGGACAUGGAACGUGACAAGAGAAAGUUCUAUUUGUAA